CGGGUGAGUCACGCCCCGGCUGCUCCUAUUUGUUGUCUGCUUAGGCCAGGCCUGGCAACGUAAGGGGAAUUAAUAACAAAUACCUGGGCAACGAGGAGGGAGCUGGCGCGGGAUGGGGGCUGAGCCGCGCACCGGAGGUGGCUGGAGGAUGCCGUGGCUGUGGCAGAAACCCCGAGUGUUGUCAGGUCCCCAGAGUGGGGGACGGUGCUUGGAGGAGACGCGUCACCCGGAGCAGGCUGGCUAACAGGAUCGGGGAGCCAUGAACUGGGGGUCGUUUGAGGGGCUGCUCCGUGCUGUCAAUGUGUACUCCACGGCCUUCGGCCGCAUCUGGCUCUCCGUCGUCUUCAUCUUCCGCCUGCUGGUCUACCUGGUGGCGGCCGAGAAGGUCUGGAGCGACGACCACAAGGACUUCGACUGCAACACGCGGCAGCCGGGCUGCACCAAUGUCUGCUUUGACCACUUCUUCCCCGUCUCCCACAUCCGCCUCUGGGCCCUGCAGCUCAUCCUGGUGACGUGCCCGUCCCUCCUGGUCCUCAUGCACGUGGCCUACCGGGAGGCCAAGGAGGAGAGGCUCCGUGAGAUCCAAGGGGACAAUUAUCACCGCAUCUACCCCAACCCCGGCAAGAAGCGGGGCGGGCUCUGGUGGACGUACCUGCUCAGCCUCAUCUUCAAGGCCGCCGUGGACGUGGUUUUCCUCUACAUCUUCUUCCGCUUCUACAGGAACUACACCCUGCCCCGGGUGGUGAAGUGCGAGCUGCCGCCCUGCCCCAACGUGGUGGACUGCUUCAUCUCCCGGCCCACCGAGAAGAACAUCUUCACCCUCUUCAUGGUGGUCACCACCUGCAUCUGUGUGGUGCUGAACCUCAUCGAGGCCACCUACCUGAUCGGGAAGCGGUGCCACGAGCACCUGGAGGCCGGAGGAGGGGACGGCCGGCGGCACAGCCACGACUGCCCCAUCUCCUGUGCCAACCCCGUGGGCACGGACGGGCAGGUGUUCCAUGGGGCUGACUACAAACCCCCCACAGCCACCGUCCCGCUCACGGCCUCCUGUCCCAGCACACUGUCCGAGGAUGAGGCUGGUUCCUAGAGCUGCCCAGGAGAAAGCAGGAGCUGCUCACCUGGCCUGCAACUUCCUGGCUGCUCUUCCUCCUCUGUGCUCCAGUGCAGGAGCACUGAGGGUGGCAGCAUCCUGAAGUUGGGCUGUGCCCGAGGGGUCUCUGCCUCUCCUGUCCUGGGAAAGGCACUUUACACCAUCCUGCUGAAUCUGGGGUAAAGCAGGGGCUGUAGAACACGUGCUGUCCCUGGCAGUGGCAGGGAGCAGCAGCUCCAUGGCAGCAGUGCCCUGACUCUGAGCCUGUACCAGCCAGGACAGACACCCCGAUCCCCCAGGAAACCCCUCUCCCUAUCUCACCCUACAUCAGCCACUCAGUGGGUGUCAGGGCCACCUCAGACUGAUGCAAUUGUCAUUAAUAACACUCAUUAGUUGAGUGGGGACAAGAGCAGGUCCCCGGUGCCGCAGCACGACGAAGCUCAGGCGUGAGGAUCCGGCCAGGCAGGCAGAGCCCGCUGUGGGCUGCUGGAUCAUCCUGCCUGGCCAGGGCAAAACACCUGAGCAAAACAGCCAAACACAGGAGAGGAAAACAGCCCAAGCAUUGAUUAAACACAUUAAAUGGCAGAAUCUGAUCUCGUUUGUUGCUGUAAUACAUCGCCUUCGGCCGUGACACGGGCGGUGCUGCCACUUCCGAGGCCAGCGGAGGCAGCUGAGCAUUAGCUGGCAUGAAUAAUUAACAAUAAUUUCAUGGCAAAUGCACUCACAAGUAACAUUAACAUUGAACAUGCAGCUCGAUCUGUUACUGGUUUUGCUUUACUCAGAGGGUGUGAUAAUUAUUUUUUCCAUGAGCAGUGACAGUGCCA